GUCCAUGACGCCAUGUUAACGCAGUGGUCUGGGCUAUCAUAUUUAAAUAUCGAAUUUCGAGAAACUCCAGUGGACCUAUCAAUUAUUCACCUUUGACUUUAAUUCAUCUCGAUUGGUUCGUGUCAUUUGAACCAAUUCACAGUCCAUUAUGGCAGCCACGGUGUUUCAGCUGAAGUGCGGGUGUAAGAAUGACCCCUGGGGAAAGACGGGGAAGGACUCUCUAGCAGGCGUACUCUGCUCCAAGACCCCCGGAGCAGUCGAGCUGGAUGAAUCCAAGACUUAUUCCGAGAUGUGGCUGGGUACAUAUCCCACCGUUCCAUCGCGCAUCCUCGCCACCGACGAACUCCUCAAGGACUAUCUACAAAAACACCCCGAGGUAGUUGGCCAAUCCGCCCUGGAUAAAUGGGGCCCAGAAGUUCCAUUUUUGCCCAAGAUCCUCUCCUUCACCAAAGCCCUCCCUUUGCAAGUGCACCCCGACAAAGCCCUCGCCGAAAAGCUCCACGAGACCGACCCCAACAAAUACGGCGAUCCCAACCACAAGCCCGAAAUCGCCAUUGCGCUCUCCAAUUUCGAGCUCUUCGCGGGCUUCAAACCCCUCCCUGAGAUCGAGAAAUUGAUGAAGAUCGCCCCCCUCCAGCGAUUCGUUCCCCCGCACGGCGCCAGCUCCUUCGACGACGAACUCCUCCGCGAACUCUGCCGUGUCCUCCUCACCUUACCCCCAUCUAUCGUCUCCGAAACCAUCAAAGAACUACUGGACAUCCCGGAGGCCCAGUUCGGCCCCACGCAGCGCUACAUCCCGGGCUUACUUGAUCGGCUUCGCAAACAGUACCCAGACACGGACAACGGGAGUCUCGUUGCCGCGCUACUCAUGAACUACAUGACCCUUGGCCCGGGCGAGGCUGUCUGUGUUCCUGCUGAUAGCAUCCAUGCGUACCUGUGCGGUGAUAUCAUGGAGUGUAUGGCGAGGUCGGAUAAUGUGAUCAAUACCGGGUUUUGCCCCAAGGCAGAGAGUGAUAGUGUGGAUUUGUUUACGCGGGCGUUGAGUUUCAAGCCCCACUCGGUCGAGGAAUCCAUGUUGCCUCGAAAGAAGAGUGACAAGGGCGAGCAGUGGAAGACGGAGGUGUAUGCGCCGCCGUUUAGUGAGUUUAAUGUGUUGGGUACGAGUCUGGGGAGUGGGGAGAAGGAGACACAUAAACCGCUGGAGGGACCGAGUUUGUUGAUUGUGACCAAGGGUAGUGGGAAGAUGAAGGUGUCGGGGGGUGAGAGUCUGGCGCUGCAGGAAGGGUGGGUGUAUUUUGUGGGUGCUGGUGUUGCCCUCGAUUUUGAGACGGAGAAGGGCAUCGCUUUUUAUCGCCCGUAUGCGGAGUAACCGAGGGCAUCAUCCCCUCCAUGUAUGAAUGAACACAUGAAAGCGGAACAGAUUGAUUGCAC